GCCCGCCGAGUAGCGCGGCUCGCCAGUACCAGCUCGCGUACUACCAGCGAGUGACUACGUGCCUGAGCUGGUCUCACGGCCGAGGGCCUUUCAACUCGGCCCGUAUUUCUCGUACAGUCUCUCGCAAGGUGUGGUUCCCGACGCUGUCAACGGAAGUAUGCCGCCGCGAGAUCAACAAGUGCCGCGCGAGAUCCACGUCCGGCGAGCGAUCGAGCCAGCGCGUCGCUAGUCCCGGGUUCAAUUUAAUAAGAAUCCUCCGCGUUGCGCGUUCAAAGGCAACGACAGCUGCGCGUUUUUCGGCGUCUCUCGGCCGACCGCGUGGAGAGGAACGAUCGGGGUCCGCACGGCCGCAAGGACGCGCCCGUGGUAGCGUCGAAGGACUACGAUCGAGCGAGGCGCGAUCGAUGGACGACGCCGUCUCUGGGUGAACUUUAGUGCGCGCGUGGUACCGCCGCGGCGCCGGCACACGUGACCCUCCUCGAAUUUGUUUGGCGCGAGUUACAUCGUGGUGAACCGCCCGCCACCGGUGGAGGAUCUGCGUCCGCGAUGGAAAUGAGGACCGAAAUGCCCAAGACGUUGCUGCUUCUGGUCAUCGGCUUGCUCGUAAGGGUGCUGGGAUUACCCAAUGGGGCACCGCCGGAGACAUGCUCGCAUCUGACGCCGCGCCACCCCGACAGCACCCUGCAAUCGUCGUAUCCGCCCUAUCAGCUACUACCCGCAGCGGGACAGGGCAGGGUCCGUCUGAUCCUCGGCAGUCCCGAAGGUCUUGCGUAUCAGGGUUUCAUGAUCGUCGCUAAGGACAUCGACACCGGCGAAUACGUGGGAGAAUUCAUAAACCUGCCCGAUUCCGCACGAAUCGUGGAAUGCACCCCAGGUCUAAAGAACGGCGUGACUCAUAGAAGCACCGACAAGAAACAGAAUCUUGAAUUCGAUUGGGAGGCCCCAGUUGAUUACGAAGGUACCAUUAUCUUCAACUCCACCUUCGCUCAGGAUUACAGCACGUACUGGGUCGGCGUGGAGUCGCCCAGAGUUACCGUUGACAAGCGGUCCAUCAGGGUAUCGACCCCACCUACACCCAUCACUACCUUCAGGACCACCACGCCGCCCUACUACAGCCGCACCGUCAGUUACGCGGCGAAGGAUGAGGUGGACCCGUUCUACGCGGGCUGCCACACCACGAAGAACUGCUUCGGCGCGCCCGCGGGCUGCGUGAAGACCAAGGACUGCGUCGCCGUGGUGGCCGUCGUCGUGCAGGGCGACGAGUAUCAUUUCGAGAUGCAGGCGCGGAGGGACGCCAAAUACGUCGCCGUCGGCCUGUCGGACGAUAAGAAUAUGGGCGAGGACAGCGUGGUCGAGUGCACGAACGAGAAUGGCGAGAUUGCGUUACACACGUCUUGGAAUUCCGGGAAGCGCAACACGCGCUACAGGAUGUCGGAAGGCGCGGUCGAGCUGGAGAAUUCCGCGAUCAGAAAUGACAUGAUAUACUGCAAGUUCCGACGGCAAAAGCUCACCAACAUUCAGGGACGUACGUAUGACCUUGUCAAUACUGCGUACCAUCUCCUCGUGGCCGCCGGCAGUGACCUGAGACCAAACGGCGUUGACUUUCACAAUCUUGUCUAUCUCGGGACCAGCGCCUCAAAGAGAUUGUCUGACGUCGGGGAAUGGACCGCGGCCACUGACCUACUAAUUCGUCUUCAUGGCGCGCUUAUGCUGGCAUCGUGGAUCGGCACGGCCUCCAUCGGGAUGCUACUCGCGAGAUAUUACAGACAGACCUGGGUCAACUCUCAGUUGUGUGGAAAGGAUCACUGGUUUGCUUGGCACAGGUUCUUUAUGGUACUCACGUGGUCGAUGACGAUCGGGGCCUUCGUGAUAAUAUUCGUGGAACUGGGCACGUGGAGUUCCGAGACCAUACACGCCUCGGUCGGCCUGGCGACCACGAUUCUGUGCUUUAUCCAGCCUUUCAUGGCAGCUAUGAGACCACAUCCUGGCGCACCACGAAGAGCCCUUUUCAAUUGGGCUCACUGGUUCGUCGGUAACGUGGCAAAAAUAUGCGCGUUAAUCGCGCUUUUCUUCGCGGUACGACUGAACAAGGCUAAACUUCCGGAUUGGGUCGACUGGGUCCUCACUGCAUUCGUGGUCUUCCAUGUUCUAACUCACCUCGUCCUCACGUUCCUUGGAUGUGCCUCCGACAGACAAGCCAGUCAGAGAGUGAAUUCAUUCCCGAUGAAAGACAUGCAUUCUCGUGGAUCAAUGGUGCAUCCAGAUGCGAGACGAGACGCUCCCCACUCCGGUGUUCGGAAGUUCAUUUUCGGCGUGUACUUUGUGGUCGUCGUCGUGUUCGCCGCAGUCCUCAUAGUGAUCACCGUGUUGGCGCCCAUCGAGGAAACGUGGGCCACCUUCACCAACACUAUCUCGAAUUAUUAAGGCCGCUAAUCAACGCCAUGGAAGUAUUCGUCACCCAUCGUGCGAUAGUCGGAAGGUCCCGACCGGAUGGGGAACGUCGCAGCCGUCCCAGUGACGAUAUAUUCCCGGCGCGACUUUCCGUAUGCAAAUUAACACGAGGAACGUAUAAAUCCUGCUCGUGUAAAGAUGCAAAUCGCGCCACGACAAUGCGCGAAGACGAACAUAUCACUAACGAUUGUUUUUAUAUUCCUUUUCUAGGUCUCUCCGGAAAAUUCGUCAAUUUUCAUUUUGACUACGUAUCGAUAUAUCAUAGUAGAAGUACGUUUCUGUAUAUAUAACAUUUUUUAUUUACUUUGUGGAAAGAUGUUAAGCUUAAUGCCUACAUUAUUGCUUCAUUAUUAUCAAACCAAUAUUCUGAGACGCAGAGUUUUUACCGUCUUACUGUUGAUAUACUGAUCGAUUUGAUUCUAACAUGUUUUUUUCUAGAAAACUGCCAUCGGUCUAAUUAAAUCAAAGCAUGACUGGAUUUUUAAAAAUUGUAUUUUUUAAGAUUUUAUCGUAUAAAGGUUAUCUUUAGAUGCCAAUUGUCCGAUAUUUUGUAUCCUUCUAUGGAUAAUACUAAUGUACACUGUAUGACAGCGAUGAGCGCAAUUGACAUUACUAUACGUAAAUGACACAUUCUUACGAUGGACUUCUUAUCGAAGUCUGGUUUGUGUAAUAGUUAUUAUGAUAUUAACGUUCUAAAUACAUUCCGACAAAUGUAAGUCAUUUACGACGUUUUGUAGUAAAUUUUUGCAUUUAUAAACUUGCCUAUAUACAAUAAUGUAGUCUUCACUAACUCGCGAUAUAUGCAAUAAUAAUACAAUAAACAUAAAGAUAUUAUAAAUUUAGAGGAAAGUCCCCCAUUAUGAAAUAGGCUCUUGACAUAGGCACCGUAGUUUUCCGGUAAAUUAAUAGACAUCGUGAAUUUAUUGUCCUCGAAGUGAAAUCUGUUUAGCAGAAAAUUGAUUGUUAGGUCGUGUAAUCGUUGCGAAAAAAGAUUUGCGAAUGAAUUUGGGCGUUGGAAACCUGCUGCCUCAUAUUAGAAUCCUAUCCCAUAACAGAGGACUCUCCUCUACUUUACAAAAAUAUAAUAUAAACUCAUAAACACUCAUCAGUUCACGUAAAUAUUAUAGUUAUACAUAUACUAAGAUAUAUACUGAGAAAGAACGAAAUUAUUUUUGAACGUUCACAAGGUAAAAAUAUUAAGCGUUUAUAUUUAUAUUACAGUAACAUUGAUAUGAAUUAAAGGGGACGAAUAUGACAAUCAAUUCCUUCCAUUAUUUUGCGCGAAUAUCGUUCGUUAAAAUUUUGCAACUCUAUCCUUUAGUUUUGCGUUCCUUCUUUUAACAAUGCCACCGAGGAAUCACGUUAAUGUUGUUUUAAUCUGAAUGCAAGUUCAAUUUUCAUUCUCCCUUUCAAUUGGAAAAUUUGAAAAAGAUCGCUGAAAACGCACGAGACCUUUUGUAAGAUUUAUACCAGCCAUUUAACGAUCGCAGCUAUAUCACGAAGCUCCGACGGUUUCUUACGCGAAAAUAGUACUCUUUUCUGUACUCUCUCUUACAUUAUAUUUAUAGUCUAAUCAUACAGUAUUAGUUCUUUUUUCAAAUAUUUUUCGAACUUUGUAAACUUUUUAAUACUUAUUGCGUCACGUCGCCUCUGUGAUCGAUUGCGAUCGGCAUUGCUAACAGUACAUAACAUUGUUAACCUUAUUGAUUGUUAAUAAAUAUAUACAUAUACAUAUACGUA